AUGACACAUCAGCACGUCGAGCCAUCUUUCGCCGACAGAACCGACUUUGAAAACGCCCAGCGUGGCUUCAUCAGUGCACUCGACCCCUGUAUCAUCACUGCACAGGACGGACGUGUCGUAUGGAACAACGAAGAAUACAAUUUCCUCAAAUCCGAGUGUCCUGCAACGGCCAACCGAAAACUAUGGCGACAAGGCCAGUUGGCUUCCAUGCAAGGACUCUUCGAAGUCACGAAGGGAGUCUACCAAGUCCGCGGACUGGAUCUCUCAAAUAUGACCAUCGUCGAGGGAAAUGAAGGUGUUAUUGUUAUUGACCCUCUGACGGUGGUGGAAUGCGCUGCCACUGCCUUAUCCUUGUACCGCCAGCACCGCGGGGACCGGAAGAUCACGGGCGUGAUCUAUUCGCAUUCGCAUAUAGAUCAUUUCGGUGGCGCACAAGGAAUUCUUCCGCUUGCUAAAAGCCACGAUAUCCCGAUCAUCGCACCGGAUGGGUUCAUGGAAGAAGCUCUCAGUGAAAAUCUCUAUGCCGGUAAUGCUAUGCGACGUCGUGCUGUCUUCAUGUACGGGACUGCUCUACCCAAGGGCCCGGAGGGUCAAAUUGGUUGCGGUUUGGGCAUGGGAGUGCCGACUGGAGUCAACUCGCUUGUUCCACCAAAUAUGACUAUCUAUAAAACGGGUGAGGAUUAUGUUGUGGACGGCGUGCGGAUCGUGUUCCAAAUGGUCCCUGGAUCCGAGGCACCCUCCGAGAUGAAUUUCUUCUUCCCAGAUCACCGAGCAUUGUAUAUCGCCGAGUGUGCGACGCACAAUCUCCAUAAUAUUAUCACGCUUCGCGGUGCCCAGGUGCGAGAUGCAAAGGCAUGGGCGCAGUAUCUGGACGAAUCGCUCUCACUUUAUGGUCAUUCAUCGGACGUUCUUUGCGCGGGUCACGCGUGGCCGACCUGGGGCGAAGAGGAGAUCUCGGACCUUUUAUCGGAUCAACGAGAUAUGUACGCAUUUCUUCACGACCAAACUGUGCGCAUGAUGAACAAGGGGCUGUCAGGGAUCGAGAUAGCCGAGGUACUCACCCUGCCGCCGUCACUGCAGAGGAAAUGGUACUGUCAGGGAUUCUAUGGAUCUGUCAGUCACAAUGUCAAGGGUAUCUAUCAAAGAUACAUUGGCUGGUUUGAUGGAAAUCCUGCUCAUCUUUGGGAGCACCCUCCAAAGGAGAAUGCAGCAAGAUACAUUGAGUGCAUGGGAGGAGUCGACGAGGUUGUUCGGAAGGCAGAAGAAUUCGCAGAGCGAGGCGACUUGCGAUUUGCCGCAACUUUGCUGGGCCAUGCUGUCUCCCUUAAUCCGACCCACAUCAACUCCAAAUUGGCUCUGGCUGGUGUCUUCAAAAAACUUGGUUAUGGAACGGAGAAUGGAACUUGGCGCAAUUUCUAUUUGACCGGGGCUCAAGAGUUGGUUGCUGAAAAGGCGCCCCAGCCUCAACAGAAUAUGGGCAAUCAAAUGCGACCAACACAGACUGUCGAUCAAUGGUUGACUUUGCUUGCGAUUCAGUUGGAUGGCCUCAAGGCUGGGGACUCGGUCUUUGCUGUUGAUAUCCACGUGGUGGAUGAGGGGAAAUGGCAUAGAGUCAACAUUAGCAACGGGGCUUUGACUCACAGAGUGGCUUCAGAUGGCGCAGAAUUUAGAGGAAAAUCGGAUCUCACUCUGGAACUCAAAAAGAUUGAGCUUCUCGGGGUUCUGAAUGGGGAAGAUAAAAAGCAAGCGGUGCGUGAGGGCGACUGGUCGUUGGUUCCCCGGCUUCUGUCUUUGAUGGAACACGCCAUUCCAACAGAUACGAAGAAAGCCCAGCUUUAA